GAGAGGAUGGAGUGAAUGUCUGGCAUUUUUAUUUGAAAGAAGAAUGACUGGAAGCCGCCAUGAUUGUCAAUGUAGUUUCUGUCUAUAUCAAUAUAUCGUUUCAGCUUUACGUAAAGUAAUACUUCUGAUUGCAAAAACACAAAUAUGCGCAAUUAACGUAAACCCCGGAAGUGCCAGCCAUUAGCAUAAUGCGUGCACCCACUCGGUUGCCAUCGUUACAAGUCAAAACACGACGACUGUCAUGGCAGGCCGAGGCGACGCUGACUGAGCGCUAGCGUAGCCUUUCUCCCUUUCGCUCAGUUUCCGUCCCUCACUUGACCACGAGUUGUUUCCCCAAGAUGUCAGCGGCCCCCCGCCCGAGAGUGUGUUUUGGCAGCUCCCGGGAGAGGAAGCUCUUUCCCCUCCAUCACGCCCCGGACCGGCUGGGAAACGAAAUGUCGCGCCAGGAAGCGCCUCACGUCGGCCCUGGCUGCUAUGACAACCACGAGUUUGGCACCAUACUUUAUGACCUGCGGAAGAAACCGGAGAGUAAGAAAGGGUACGGUCUCUCCGCCAGGACUGCGGCGCGCUUUCCGCCCUGUGGCAAGACUGUGACCCCUUCACCACAGCAAUACCAGAAGGAUCAGAGCCAAUCCAGAAUCCCCCCUCCUGGAAAAACACCUUUCAACUCAGCGACACUGAGGUUCAAAACCGUGUCAUGUACAGCGCAGGACAGUCCCGGCCCCGGGACCUACGCUCAUGAUACGGUGACAAACAGGAAAGUGAGCUGGCCGAUGUGCUUCGGGAGCCCCGACUGGUCCAGGCUGCCUCAGCUGGAGAAGAAGUCGCUCAGGGUGAAGCUAAACAGUGAAAAGGUGUUUCUGAAGCAGAGGAGCAGAGCGGUCUACCUGAGUUUGUACUAUUGACUCUAAAUCUGAUGUAUGAAAACCCAUCACCACACAAACGCAAGAAAGUGUCUGUCUUAUUAUUUUCCCGAACUAUUACGGUCAACAAAACGGCGUUAUUAACAGUUUAAUCUGCCAGACUAAAACUGAUGUCAAGAAAAGUUGUAUA